AUGUUGUGGCUGUGUCUAGCUGCGUUGGCUGCCACCGCGGCGGCGCAGAACUCCUACGAUUUGGAUGGAAGAGUACCAUAUCCUGGCAAACCCUCCAGCCUGGGACCACUUUAUGCUACCGCUGCUCAAGGAUUCCGUGAUAACAGUUACGAGGAUAAUAUCGUGACGCCCACACCUACGCCAGCGUACAGGAACCCUGGUAGCCAGCAAUCUUUGUAUCGUAAACCAUCGUUGGACCAAGGACAGAUCAGGGUGAACGGACCGCCAAGGGGUGGUCUUCGUGGUCAACCACAAAAUCCACAGGCCGACGCUGAGGAAUUGGAAGAAAAGGAGGAGCCCGAUCGCCUGACCCUUCUGCUGCCGCAGAGUAAAUUCGAUUGCGUGAACAAACAGACCGGAUAUUACGCCGACGAGGAUCUGAACUGCGAGGUAUUCCAUUACUGUCAGGACAACGCCAAGCAUUCCUGGAUCUGUCCCGAGGGAUUCACGUUCCAUCAGGUUCACCUGAUCUGCAUGCCACCGAGCGGCGACAUUAAUUGCAAGAAGAGCUCGCAGUAUCACUUUGUCAACGAGUAUCUGUACAAACCAUUGAACUUGGCGGAAGCCGAGACAAAACCGAAUGUAACAUUGAGAUACAGUGAAAGAUACUUCCCCGCUGAUAUUCAUGCUGACGAUCACGAGGUUGGUGACUAUCAGAUCACACCAACCGCCCCGCCAAUCCGUCGUCCAUCGCCACCGGUCUAUGCCAACCCACAAACCGCACUGAACAGUAUUCCAGCCGCGGCUCGUCCACAGCCAACGGGUCUUCCACAGUUUCGUUUACCGUUGAACCAGGUGUUCCGUAGCCCGGAGGAAGUGAACAUUCCUCUUCAAAACAGACGCCCGCAGCCGCAGCAUCAACCCGUGAGAAGGUAUCCUCAGGUUCGACCUGACGAGGAGGAGUACGAGUAA